CUGGCAGGCGGCGCCACGGUCGCCUCGGCUCGAGAUCCGACGUCGGAACGCCACCUUGUCGUGAUACGUACGGACGACGCGCUGCUUGGUAGCAUCGACGGACGACGACGACGGUGCGCGCGUGUGUGUGUCAUCGAGAAGAGCCUGUGCCACUCACGAUAGGACCUCGCGGACGAUGGUACUGAUACCGGAGAGGUGAUCCCCAGGCGUGUCUGUCGUUUAUAACGAAUUCAGCAAUGGCUAAUUCAAGAGGGAUACCCCGUAUACAGGUCUUUAGACCGACGUACGAAGAGUUCAAGGAUUUCACGAAAUAUGUGGCGUAUAUGGAAAGUCAGGGAGCUCACAAGGCCGGGCUGGCAAAAGUGAUACCGCCGCCCGAAUGGGUCCCGCGGAAGUCGGGCUAUGAUCUAGAUAAGCUAGAUCUCACCAUUCCAGCGCCAAUCUGCCAAGUUGUCACUGGGAAGCAGGGGCUUUACCAGCAAAUUAAUAUCCAAAAGAAGUCGAUGACUGUACAGGAAUAUGACAAAUUGGCCAAUUCCGAUCGUUACGCCACUCCUCGUCACUUCGACUACGAGGAUCUCGAGAGGAAAUACUGGAAGAACAUAACGUACGUGGCACCGAUAUAUGGCGCGGAUGUAUCUGGCUCCCUGACGGAUCCGGACGUGAAAGAGUGGAAUAUCAAUCAUCUAGGGACGAUUCUGGAUUACGUUAACAAGGAUUACGGCAUAUCUAUCGAUGGCGUCAACACGGCUUACCUGUAUUUCGGAAUGUGGAAAACCACAUUUGCCUGGCAUACGGAGGAUAUGGAUCUUUAUUCUAUUAAUUAUUUACAUUUUGGCGCGCCGAAAACGUGGUACGCCAUACCGCCGGAGCACGGCCGUAGAUUGGAAAGACUUGCCAGCGGCUUUUUCCCAAGCAGCUAUCAGUAUUGCCAGGCGUUUUUGCGCCACAAAAUGUCUCUGAUAUCUCCCCAAAUACUGAGGCAAUACUCUAUUCCAUGUAACAAAAUAACGCAAGAAGCUGGAGAGAUAAUGAUUACAUUUCCAUAUGGCUACCAUGCUGGUUUUAAUCAUGGAUUCAAUUGCGCGGAAUCCACCAAUUUUGCUACACCUAGAUGGGUAGAGUAUGGAAAGAGAGCUACGCAAUGUACCUGCAGUAAAGACAUGGUCAAAAUAUCUAUGGACACCUUUGUGAAACGUUUUCAACCAGAUAGGUAUGAUUUGUGGCUGCGAGGCGAGGAUAUCGGUCCCCAUCCUGAGGAUCCUAGGCAGACUGCUGCGCCAAUGCCGUCUCAAAUGGAUCUAUUGUGUAACACUUGUAGCAAUGGCGAAUUACCGCAAAGCUACUUGAGCGCGACGCCAAAAAAUAAACGACAUAUGAUUCAUAAGAAGAAGAGCACAAGCACUAAUUCUGCUGUUAACAUGGAAGAAUUAGUAAACCGCUCGGAUAUUCCCCCGGAUGUUAAAAAGGCUUUGCAAGAUCUCGAUUUUGAGGAAAUAGAUGAGGCACCAGAUGAGCAGCAGUUAGAGGUCUUGGAAGAUAUUUGGCUCAAAGCAGGAGAAAUGGAUAUUAAUGAAGCAAGUGUGUAUGACGACGGUUACAAUCGCAAGAAAGGCAAGAAGAGGAAGAAAAAGCAAACCUUAGAUAAGGAGAAGAAACCAAAAAUGGAAUCAAAAUCCAAGAAAGAUGCAAACAAAUUUAAUGUACAGGGUAUAGUUAAAAUUGAAGUGAAAACUGAGGCUAAUAUAUCUAGUGAAUUUGAAUACGUAUCCCAGGAAAAUAUCGAAGAGAUUUCUGUACCUCAAGGAAACUAUAAUGAUAAAAUUAUUAUAGAAGAUAAUCUUGUAGACCCUCUAGAAAUAGACGUCAGUACUCCAGGUAAAUUUAAUCCUUCAGAAAUUAAUGAAAAAUAUAGUAAGAAGAAAAAGAAGCAUUCCAAACACAGCGAGCCGAAAAAAGUAAAACCGAAACGUGUGUCUAAAAGUAAACGCAAGCACGAUAAUGUACCGUUCCUUAAUCCUACGUCAACAUCAGAUGCCACUGUGCAAUGUAAAACUGUAUCGCUAUCUGAUUUAGAUAUAAAUCAGAUAUCUAAAAUCCCACAAAAUAUAAAUGUGAUUCCAGGAGAUUUUAAUCUAGUGCCUGUAACCGUUUCGCUUAACAAGCUUAAACCGGAAAUCACAAAUCAGACUAACAUUACUCAGAUAACGAAUCCGGCAUCUACCAAUGACGAAAGAGACACGGCAAAAUCAUUGAUCAGUAUAGCGGAAAGCAGAGUACCUUGUGCAUCGACAAACGGUAGAAGUGAUUUUCCAAAAAUGACAUUUACAAGUACAGGUUUUGCAAAGACCCCUUAUGCCAUUGUACAGAGUACAACUUCUGGAUGUCAGAACGGAAGUGCAAACUACGUUGCGCCCAUUCAGAUUAAACAGCUUACCAAUGUAAACUACAAAAACAUUGGUGCAGUGCCCAUGGAAAACAGAUUAAUAAAACCUAAUACUAAUCGUAGAAACUUGAUAAAAGCACCUCGUUUGAAAUUGCCAUCCAAUAUAUCGAUUCCACAACAUUUGUCGAUUAAACCACAAACUGAGAGUUCUGCUGAAGAUCCGCAAACCCCGGCUACGUCAAAGAAUAAUAUGAUUGACGUAAAACCACCGGGUAUAUAUUUGUUAUUCCAUAAGAAGCCUCCAGUUUUGAAGAAUGAAACGGAAGUACAGCAGUACACUGGAAACAAUAUCAAAAGUCCACCAUCGUUAGAAAUUUCAAGGCAGAUUCUACCUGAAGCUACUACUCUUACUCGUUUAGAUACACCACUGAAUACAGAUUGCACGCCUAUAUUAUUCAAUCCGUCCCAGCCAUUUAACCAUGGCACAAAUUUCAAGAGUGAGAGAACGAUGGGACAAGCACCUUGUAUGAGCGACGGUCCCGAGGAAUUAAUAACCAUCAUGCCGCAAAAUCCGUAUUUAGAUAUUUCUAACCCAGUUCAAAGGACUGCAAUGUGUGGUGAGCAGGAUUGCAUUCAGUUUCCUCCUUCAACUGUAUCACCCAUACCAAAGAGUACAGUCAUAGCGCAAUAUCCAACGUAUCCUCCCGCUCAAUUCAUACCUCAUCACGUACAAGAUACCGAAUUGUCGACAGUCGCAAAUGUUUUACCUGUACCUGCACCUUCAAAACGAGCUGCACCAAGAGGAGGUACCAAGAGUGCACCGCGUCAAAGAUCGCAAAAGGGAGCGUCACGCAGAAAGCCGGCGGCAAAAAAUAACAAGUCGAAUAACAACGCAUCUUCUAGUACUUCUCAAGCAUGUAUUACGAGUACUUCUCAAGCAAGUAUUACGAGUACUUCCGUGGGAACCCAGUUUAAUAGUCCUAUUGAUUCGACGUGGACGAAUCUGUCCGAUCCAAACAUUCAAUCCCGCAUUACAAGUACGCAAAACACGUUACAGGAAAAUGAGCAUUUAAAUAUAUUUGACAAUAAGGCACAAGACUUACAAGGACAAGAAGAGAAUACUUAUUUAUCUUCACUCGCACCUAAAAUGGCACCGGGACGAAGAAAGCCCAAAGAGAAAAAGGCCACAACAAGAAAAAAACCAAUCCUUCCUCCUACAACAUCUGCUCCCGCGAGCAUUACUUCCCCGACUGUUACUUCUGCGGCCGUUGCUUCUGCGACCAUUGCUUCUGCGGCCGUUGCUUCUGCGGCCGUUGCUUCUACGUCCGUCACACCCGUCGCUGCGUGUGCUAUAGACGUUGCUCCUAUGACUUCUACUGCAACGACUGUUGCUCCCGCAAUUGUCGCUCCUGUGAUCGAGGCUACAAAAGAUCAAUGCCACAACUCUCCCGAGAUACCACAGCUCUGCAGUCAGCCAACAUCGGUAAUACCAGGACACAUUUCUACGAUGAUGUAUCCGAACAUACUAAACCAUGAGCUGCUGAAAGCAUUCAAUAAUUAUUGGAGCGCUCAAGUGUCCCACUGUGCGGUAUGCGCUACUUUUGCCUUGUGCACAAGCGGAAGCAGCAAAAUGAUGCUGCCUGAUUGGAAGUAUUGCGAAUCAGUUACGCUACCUGAGAGUACGCCGAUAUGGGUGUCGGCCAGCAUUUUUGCAGCAAACUCUAAGGAACAAGUCAUUGAGCCAGAGAAUAACAAACUUUUACGAUGCAGAGAGUGUCAUGUAACCGUUCAUGCAUCUUGUUACGGUAUAACUAUAUUACCUGUGGAUAUCCGAGGUUGGGCCUGCGACAAGUGUAGAGCUGGCAGAAAUGAUGUGAUGUGUUGCCUAUGUCCGAUGUAUGGCGGUGCUAUGAAACGAACCAGUGACAGCAGAUGGGCACAUAUCUUGUGCACGCUUAUGGUGCCAGGAGCCACAUUCAAAGAUGCCAUAAAUAAAGAUCCUAUCAACGUAUUGAGUCCGAUCAUGGUGGACUCGUGCAACAAGAAAUGUUGUUUCUGCGGGCAAGUUAAUGGAGCGUGCCUGAAGUGUAAUCAGUGCAACAAUGUGUUUCAUCCGUCUUGCGGUCUCGCUGUAGGCGCUACAUUUAUCAUACCGGUGUACAAUUCACAGGAACUUCAGGUAACGUGUAACGGACACGACGAGGGCAAAGAAAAGAUUCCGCAGAUACGCCAAGGAGAGACAGUCUGGGCAAAACAUCGUAAUACCCGAUAUUAUCAAGCUAAAGUAGAGGCUAUCCAGGACACUCUCUUUUACAUGGUUACAUUCAACGAUAACAGCUUCAGUGACGAUCUGUAUCCUUCAGAUAUAAUCAACUAUGAUCCCGGAAACACGCUUCCGCUCGGAGCCGCAGUAAGGGUGAACUGGACAGACGGUCAGAUAUAUGACGGCGUCUUCGAAGGUACAAAUCAUCGAAUAAUGUUUACUGUGAUUUUCGAGGAUGGCUCUCAACUCGUUUUAAAGCGCAAUGAAAUCUAUAGUUUACAAGAAGAUAUGCCAAAAAGAGUGCGUUCUCGUCUGUCAGUUGCAACUGAAAUGAAGCACCGCUCUCAUCUUUAUGGGAUAGAAGAUAAUAACAUAGAAGCGCAAAGAAAAGUGAAACCAUUGAAAAUUUAUGAGAACUGUAAUGAUGUAAUGUAAAUAAAUUAUUAAGAGAAGGGAGCAUAGAAAUCAUGUUGUAAAUAGUUGAUAUAUAAAGUAUAUUUUAUAAUCGCGAUUGUCUUCUCUAACUCGAUUUAAUUUCGGACUGAUCGAACGAUAGAAACUUUCUUUUCCUUUAUGUUCAAUAAUUUUUGUUUUAGUUAACCGAUGUUUUCAACGAUGAAGAAUAUAAUUAUGUAUAAAUUUUUAUGUUAAAUUAUUAGUUUACAGUACUGUGCCUAUACAUAUAAUUCGAUGUUUUAUCCAUACAUAAUAUACAUUAUUUUAUUAGUGUUUAUUUGACUAAUAUACAUAUAUAAAAGUAUAUGAGUACGCAUACGCACGCACACAAAGUAUGAGAGGGAGGCGGAGCGAGAGCGUGUGUGCGUGCGUGUGCGUGUGUGCGUGAGUGUGUGUAUGUGUUAUAACUAUGUAUUUAUAUAUGUAUAUUUAUUACACAUACGUGUAUAUAUAUAUACAUAGUUAUAUGUAUUUGUGUACCUAAUAAUGUUUUAACGGCAACAAUGGAAAGUAUUGUAGAUAUUGUUGUUAUGAACAGAAAGUUUUAUGAUAAUCUUUUAUCCGAAACUAAUUGAGUCCUACCAGUGUAAAAGUUAAAAGAGAUAAAAAGAUCACUUAAAAAUAAUAUGUCCAAAAUGUCAAGAAAUAUAUUUAAGAUAUCAAAAGAUUAAUGUAUAUUUAACUGAACAACAAACAUGCAUUCUCAUAAUUAUAUUCUCUUCUUAUUUGAGAUAAAAACGCCAACAGUUACUUAAAUUAUAAGUAACUCUCUUAUAACUUUGUACGAUACUUUUCGUUGAUACCGUUGCUUAUUGUAAUCGAAUUAUAUGUUGAUGCUGUGUUUCUCAGUAUUUUAUCAUCGUAUACUUUAGUAUUCUCGAAUAAAUGUCUGUAAAUUGAAACGUUCCACAUUUUUUAUACAAGAGGCAAUUGAUCUUUUACAUUUAUCAAUUUAUGAAUCAGAAAAACUAUUUGCAAAAAUAAACCAACAUGAGAAGCAAACAUCAACAAGCACAUAUUUUUUAAGUGUAUUUAUAUAAGUCUAUUUUUCAUUAUAAUGAAUAAUAUGAUUAGAGAUAAUUUUAACGAUAGCUCACACGUGUGCAUUAGUUUUAUGUAUUUCAUUUUAAGAAUAGAUGUCUAAGCUGUCAUAAUUGCAUUACAAAUUUCGUGUUCAUUAAGACCAGACGUGUUAAGAGAAUUCAUCAGUUGCUCAUGAACAUAUUGAACAACUAUUUUUGAGCUAUGAGAAUUUCCAGUUUAUUUAUUUUCAUUAACAUCAUGUUGUAGAAUCCAUCCAACUAAGUAGAAAUUUACUUGAGUUUUAAGAAAAGAAGUAAAUAUAAUAUCCUAUUAUUGCUUAAAGUAUUAAAAAUAAGCCAUUAAGAUGAAAAUAUGAGACGAGACCAUUUUAUAUCAUCUAAGAUAUUAGAUUACUUUCAGAUUACUUUCAUUCACAAGAAAUUAAUAAUAAUGUAUAUAAAAUUUACAUAUACAUAUAACAUAGAGAUACUAAACAUGCAGUUUCAUAUUAGGUAUAUAUGCAAUAUACUAUAGAAUAAAUUCGAUGUAAAUUACUUUAUCUCCAUAAUCAGCUGAUGGAAGAUUGUACAUUGUUGAGUCUUUCACUAAUUUUACUUCUAGUCGCUAUUUUUAUUCUGUUUUAAUACUUAAAGUUACAAGAGAGAAAGAGCAAAUUAAUAAGGAGUACAGUAUUACCUUCCUUGUAGAAAUUGCUGUGAUGGCAAUAUCACUUUUGUGUAUGUACCUAUGUUUAUGACACAUGUAUAAAAAAAAUAUAACGAACAACAGAAAAUAUCCUCCAGAGAAUUAUUAAUAUCCAAAAACAAGACUGCAAUUAUUGUUAUCACUGUUAUUAUCGCGAAUAGAAAUAAUCUUUUUGUAGACGAUGCUUACAUUUAAGUACGCUCUUCUAAGUAUCAUUAAAAUGAAUGUAAUCCUUAUCUUCACAUAUUAAUUCAUUAUGAUUAAAUUUUAAGUAAAGUAUAAAGUAUAAUUAUAUUUAUAAGAUUAAGGGAGAAAAUUUGUCAGUUUGUUAUUAACUGUUCAAAUGCUCUUAUUGAAAAUAAAUUCUAUUGUAAACUCUAAGAAGAAUGCUAUGAUAUCACAAAUAAAAAAAGUUUUGAAACAAACUAUAAUUGCACAAGUUGAUUCUCACUGACUAGCUUACAUUGUGCAAACGCGAAGCGAAAUACAAAAUGUAUCAUUAUACAUCGCUGCACUAUGAGCAAAAUAUAAUCAAUCUUAGAAAAUCCGUGGUUUUGGAUAAUAAUAUUUUCAUGAUAAAUUGUGUCGUUUUAAUCCAGUAUUUGACUAAAGGAUGACAAUAUCUAAAUAUGCUGUUCUGUUAAGAAAAUUGCAAUUUAUCUGGCUUUAAGAUUAUAUUUUUUAACACUGAAUCUAAUCUACAAUAAAUCGGUCAAUUAAUAAGAGAUGAAUCUAAUGAUAUAAUUUAUUUCCAACAAUGUUUCUCUAUAUGCAUAUUAAACAUGUCUCACUUUCCUUCAAAUUAUUUGUAAUUCAUGACUACAUUAUUAUAAGACUAUUUCUUCGUGGUCAUUUUGUCUUCAUUGAUGUUGCAGACAUUAAAAUACAAUAUUUAAUGUUAGGAUUGUAAAUUAUAUUUAAAAAUAUGUGCUCAUAUAUACAUUUUCAGGCCUAUUCGUUGGUUAGUUAAUGGGAUUGUGUCAUUUUUGAUUGUAUUGUAUUGUAUAAGGAUUUGGAAAUCAUGUACUUAAAUGUAGAAAUGGUAGAUGCAGCAAAAAAUAAAGAAAAUAAGAGUAAA